AUGCGCAGCCUACUCUUACUUCCAAUUUUGGUAGCUCUGGCAACAGGAGCCACGCUUGAUUUCAACCAAUAUUGGAACGCCCAGCAAAUCGAUGACUACUUGGAUGAGCUGGUGGGUGACUUCCCGACCAUAGCAAGCGUGGUGAAUGUCGGCACCAGUUCCGAGGGACGCCGCAUUCGGGCUUUGCGUGUCAGCAAAGACGGCAAUGCUAACCGCCCACUCGUCAUCGUUGAGGCGGGUCUGCGAGCCCGCGAGUGGAUUUCACCCAUGUCCGCUUGCUACAUUUUGCACGAGAUCGUUGAGCAUUAUUACGAAUUCGAGCACAUUCUGGACAACGUAAACUUCUUGGUCGUACCUUUGGCCAAUCCCGAUGGAUACGAGUUCUCGCGUACCAGCAACCGGAUGUGGUUGAAGUCGCGUAGCGUUAAUGGUAAUGGCUGCUUUGGUACGGAUUUGAAUCGCAACUUUGGAUACCUGUGGAAUACCGUCGGUGGAAGCACGGAUCCCUGCGCGGACAACUUCGUCGGUACGGCCGCUUUCUCAACCCCAGAAACGGCAGCUUUGCGUGAUCUCGUCCAAAGCAACAGUGCUAACUUGGAGCUGUACCUCAGCAUCCAGUCGGCGGAUCAGAUGGUGCUGUGGUAA